UACACGCGAGACGCUCAAAAGAGCAACUUGGCAGCCCUUGCUGCAGGUAGUCUGUUGUGUUGCGGCCUCUCCCUCUCUCAAUCAGCAAGACCCAUUUUGUCUAUCUCUCUGCAACUUCAUAAAGCAAAGGCAAAAUCUUGAAGUUGGUCUGUAGAGAGAGAGAGAUGGGUGUAGGCUACAUAUUGAGGGUGCGCUUGGCAUCCUUCUUUGCAGGCGCCGCUACUGCCUCAGCGGUGGGUCUCUAUUUUCUCCAUAGGGAUUACCAUAUUGCCCAUCAAACCAUUUCUAAACAGGUGAGGGCCUUUUAUGAGUCCCUUGAUGGACGUAUAUCUGAACUCGAAAAAUUGAAGGAAGUCAAAACUUCAGCACAGUCAGACGCCACAGAAUAAAUAUGGAGCUGUAUUUGGUACUGGCUGAGGAGUUGUGAGAUCUUUUCUUUGAAUGAGGUGUAAGUUUCCUUUGUUUGAAGAUUCAUAGUGUGGCGGAUGCGUAGUAGGCAUGCCAAUUUGGAUUAACGAUAAGCACACAAACUGGGUUAAACUUGGAUACGAGUUUUCUGAAGUAGCUCUUUGAACUCUCUUUUUGAUUUGUUGGAACCAUGGAAAGUUUUUGCUCUCUAGGAAUCCUGAGUUUCUCGGUUUAUUAUAAUAAAAGGUCGAUUUCUUUCAUUCACUUCUGCAUAAGCACCACACACAGAUGUUAUAUGCUUCCUGCUCAAGGAACGGUGAAGGUUGUUAAUCCAAGUGUCAUCUGUAGUUCCCUCUUUAUUUGAUUGCUGAACUUCAUUCUAUUUCGCUCAGAGAUUGGUGGUCCUUUAUAUAUGGUUUAAAGUUUCGUGUUUGCUGA